AUGGCGGUUGUCAAUGACUGCAUCGAGCAGGGAUUACAUCUCAAUUUCUGUCUGAACGACGAGCUCUAUGUCGCCGAACGCAACGCUUGGAGCGACCUUUAUGAAACACGAACAGGGGUCCCUGCUACGCCUAUCGGAGACCUACGCGAAUUAGCAGGCGAAACGCCAACGAAGCUGCUGAUUAUCCAUACGCCUGAAAAGUUGCAACCACUCUUAACGAGUUUUCAAACCAAUUACGCGGAGAAGCUUUAUGUUACGCAGACCCAAGCAGAAUAUAUAGAAUUUAUGAAUCCAGAAGUUACUAAGGGGCACGCACUGACAGCUCUCGCCAACCGGUUCAACAUCCCGAUGGAUACGGUUGUCGCUUUUGGCGAUAGUUAUAACGAUGAGAGUCUACUCAAAACAGCAGGUUUCGGAAUAGCCAUGGAAAACGCAGUUCCGCCGAUCCGUGCUUGUGCUGACUUCAUCACGACGACAAAUGACGAUAACGGGGUGGCAAAAGCGAUUUGGGAAUUGAUUCUCUGA